AUGCCCUCAAGUAGGGAUGUCAACGUGAGUCGGCGGGGUGGAACCACCAAAAAGAACGCUUUCUGUUCGUUCUGCCGCAAGAGCUAUCGUGAUGUCGGGCCUUUGGUCGAAGGUCCUGGCGAAGUCUAUAUCUGUGGCGAGUGCAUCGAACUGUGCCAAUCCAUCUUGGACCAGGAACGUCGCCGCCGGGGUACCAGCAAGCAACUCUUCACCAAGGUACCAAGUCCGCGGGAGAUCGUUGCCAAGCUUGAUGAGUAUGUCAUUGGGCAGAGUCGGGCCAAACAAGUACUUUCCGUCGCGGUUUACACGCAUUACCGGCGUUUGAUGCUGGGUGCCGAAUCGAGCGACGUUGAAAUCGAGAAGUCGAAUAUCUUGCUGCUCGGCCCCACCGGCUGUGGCAAGACGUUGCUGGCCCGUACGCUGGCCCGCAUUCUCGAUGUCCCCUUUGCCAUCGGCGAUGCCACCACGCUGACCGAAGCCGGUUACGUUGGUGAAGAUGUCGAGAACCUGUUGCUGAAGCUUCUGCACGCGGCCGACUUCGAUAUCGAAGCCGCGCAGCGUGGCGUGUUGUACAUCGACGAAAUCGACAAGAUCGGCAAGACCACACAGAACGUGUCGAUCACUCGCGAUGUCUCUGGCGAAGGGGUUCAGCAAGCUCUGCUCAAGAUGCUCGAAGGCACCGUGGCCAACGUUCCUCCGCAAGGCGGACGGAAGCAUCCCGAGCAGCAGUACAUCCAGAUGGACACCAGCAACAUUCUGUUCAUCUGCGGUGGAACCUUUGUCGGCAUCGACAAGAUCAUCAGCAAACGCCUGGGUCAACGCACGAUCGGGUUUACCAGCGACAACCGCUCGGACGAAGAGCGCGAUUUGGAGUUGGGCGAGUUGCUCGGUCAGGCAAACAGUGACGAUAUUCUCGAAUUCGGAUUAAUUCCGGAACUCGUGGGUCGUUUGCCGAUACUAACUUCAUUGACCCCCCUGGGCACCGAUGCUUUGGUUCGCGUAUUGCAAGAACCGAAGAACGCCCUGGUGCGUCAGUACCAGAAGCUGUUCGAGAUCGAAGAUGCCGAUCUCGAGUUCACCGAGACGGCCUUGGCCGCUAUCGCCGAUCGGGCUCGCGAGAAAGAGACCGGAGCGCGAGGGCUGCGAUCGAUCGUCGAAGACGUGAUGCUCGAUAUCAUGUUCGAUUUGCCCGAGCGUGGUGCCGGUCAACGGUACGUCAUCACAGAAGAUGUGGUGAUGGGCCGCGAACAGUUACUGCCUAUUCCACAAACCAAAAACAAAAGCACCGACUUGCCCGCGGUAGUCAAUGCAAUUGUGGAGAUCCCCAAGGGGCGGCGGAGCAAGUUCGAGGUGGAUAAGAAGACCGGGCUGAUCAAACUCGACCGGUACUUGUACAGCUCGAGCCACUAUCCUGGCGACUAUGGGUUCAUUCCCCAGACGUUGGCCGAGGACGGUGACGCACUGGACAUUCUGGUGAUGAUCAACGAGCCAACGUUCAGUGGUUGUCUGAUCGAAGCCCGGGUGAUUGGCUUGUUCCGCAUGAUCGAUCGCGGCGCGAAUGACUACAAAGUUCUGGGUGUGCCGAACACCGAUCCGUUGUUCGGGGAAAUCCAAGACCUGCCCGACGCUCCGUCGCACUAUCUGCUCGAGGUCGAACACUUCUUCACCACGUACAAACAACUUGAAGGCGUUACCAUUCAAACCGACGGUUGGGCCAACCGCGACGCGGCCAUCGCCGAAGUGAAGUCGGCCGUGGAAGCAACAACGCGCGACUUGAAGCAGCCCCGGUACUCCAAGAACGCCAGGCGACGCAGCCUGUGGUUGCUCGUUGUGGGAGCGAUCUUGAUCGCGGCGGCCGUGGGGUACAUUCAAUUCUUUCUCCUGCGUCCCAUGGGUGAAGGUCCGGCUGGUCCCCAUGUGGAUCGUGCGGCAUUUGAGGAGAUUUGGACCGAGCGGCCCGUGUUCAUCCUGGGGCUGGGCGACAGCGUAACGGCGGGGUUGGGAGCAAAGUCGCUGGACCACAGCUACUUUCAACGGUUGAUCAAGAACCCCGCCGACGAAUACGCCGAGAUGGAAGGCAUCUGUCUGAGCAACGUGAUGCCCGAUCUAGAGUCGGUGAAUCUGGCUAUCUCCGGAUCGACUUCGUUACACCACCUCGAGGUGCUAAAAGAUAAUUUCGAGACGCAAUCCCCGGACAUGUUCGGACUCGUCGUCAUGACGACCGGUGGGAACGACUUGAUCCACAACUACGGUCAAUCGCCGCCGCGCGAAGGAGCCAUGUACGGGGCAACGCUGCAAGAGGCGAAACCCUGGAUCGAGGGCUUUGAAACUCGAUUGAAUACCAUGCUCGAUAGCAUCGACGAGCGCUUCCCCGGCGGAUGUGAAAUCUUUUUGGCCGAUAUCUACGAUCCAACCGACGGAGUCGGUGAUGCUCCCAGCGUCUACCUUCCCCACUGGCCCGACGGGUUAGCCAUUCACGCCGAGUACAACGCAGUCAUCCGCCGGGUUGCUGAUGCGAGAGAAAACGUGCAUGUCGUCCCGCUUUACGAAACAUUCCUCGGUCAUGGAUCGCAUUGCCGCCAGUUCUGGCGAGCGACCUAUCGAGCAGAGGACCCUUACUACUGGUACUUCGACAAUAUCGAAGACCCGAAUGACCGUGGUUACGAUGCCAUACGACGGGUGUUUCUCAAUACGAUUGUGCCUGUGAAAGAGCGGUUUUUAAGGAAUUCAGAGGUUUCGAGCGGCUCCGAGAAGUCAUCGCCUCCCUCUCCCUGA